CUUCUUUGUUGUUGCAGGCUGAUUACAAACUGAGCUAGCAGUUUGAUUUUUGUAAUAGGAUUUGGUAAACAAGUAGCUUGUGACCUGUGGAGAGAGAUUCUUCUGGAUUUUUGAGGUUUUUUUGUUAUUGUUUUUUUUUUAAUCUCAUUUGAGGAAAUGGAAGCAACAAGUUGUACCAGUUCUUUAGAUUAUAGAGAGCAUAGUAUUGGGUACUGGAACACCAUGAAGAAGGGAUCUUGAUAGCUGGAAACUGAGUAAGAUAUGAGACAGAGCCUUACUAUGUAUUACCUUAAUGCUACCUCUCUUUUUUUUCUCAACCCCCUGCCCAAGUCAGAGAAAGAGGUUUGUAAAAGCAGCAAUAAUAUCAUUUUGUUGUCCUGAAUGUGAGCGCACACGAUAGUGAAAGUGCUCUAUGACUAAUGUUGUCUUAAAAAGAGAGUAAUAAUUUCACUUAGUUGUUUGUCCAGGUAAACCUUUUCUAGAGUAAGAGAAGAGAAUCAAAAUUAAGGGCCAUUUUAGAUUGAGCUUUUUUUUUUGUAUUUUAAGUUUCAUUGUUAAACCUAAUAAAAUUAUUUUCUUGUUCUGUUUUUUGCAAUUCUGUGGGUUCUAAUUUCAUCUGUCUUGGAGCUCCGACAGCUGAUACUGCUGUGAUAGUUGUGCAACAGAUGCUUAGGGCAAGAGUGGAUGUGUGACAUAACUUUGAGUGGUGGAGUUGUAUGAGUACAGAAGUGCUUUGAGUUUGCAGCAGGGCUAAUCAAUGAAAAAAGGAGUCUGUGUUACUGGGUUAGCUAUACUGCUGGUGCAGGCACCAUAUGACACAAUUUCUUUCAGGAAGGAGCCCAGUAUCAAUUUAAGCAGCUAUGGUUUUUGGCUUCUCAUACAGUUUUCUGGAGGCUGUUCAAGAACCUGAUUACUGUAUUCUGAUUUGGAGCAUAAAAUUGCAUUUUAUUCCUACUCCUGGUUUGUGCUCCUGAUAUUUAAACACGGCAAGUGUAUCCUUGUGCAGAUUUCAGUUUGUUAGCGUAAGGUCUCCUGGUUUCCCCUUCUGCAAUGGAGUCUUCAGAGAAUGUGGAAGCCUUUCUCUGCAUAUAUUUGACCAAAAAAUCUUUUAGAAGCCAGGUGACCAGAACUGUGUGCAGUACAGCAUCAAGCUCUCUUAUGAAAUGCUGUGGAGGUAGUAUUUGUCCAUAACUAAUGCAAACAUCUUGAUCUCAUGUCACUACUUCAUGCUUACAGCAUUGCUGGCAGUCAUUUCCAACUGAUGUGCUGAAAUUUAUAAGAGAAAUUUUAUAGGGAUCAGCCCAAAUUAUCCUUUAAUGAUUGACUUUCAUUUUUCAAUCUUCUAUCCAUCAGAUAGUGUUGCUUUCCUGUAUUUCCAAAUGGUUUAUGACUCUCAGAUUUGUACUGGUGUUGCAUAUUUAAUAACUGUUAGUAAUCUCUUCCUACUCUAGUAUUAUGCUCCUCUGUCUCUGUUUUCAUCAGACCUCUACCCCACGCAUGUCUUCUGCUAGUGCGUCUUAUCUCAGUCUUCACUAGUGGCAGCUUAUCAAAUGCUUUGCCAAGAUUCAUUAGUCUGACUAGAGAUUUUGUAGUAUGUGAAAUUUUAGGUAUGGGAUUUUAUUUUUUUUAAUGAUAAAUUUCCUGCAGGAGGUUGGGGCUGUAUUAAGUUGCCUGAGCUUUUAUUUCAUCUCUAUUGUAGAAAUGAUAUUUUUAUCAGUUUGGCUAUCUUAUAUUACCUCUUAACACUAUCAUGCUUAAUGAAAACUGAGUUAAAGCAUGUGUUUAGGUCACUUUGUUUUUUCUUUUUUAAUGCUGUGUGUAUACUAUCUUAUUUUGUCUUCAUUCUUGAAGUGCCAUAACCUGAGUUGGGUUUUUUGUUUUGUUGGGUCAGGUGUAAAACUGAAGAAUAUAGUUUGGAAGAUGCAAUUUGUUUGACUUGAGAAAAUCGUCUUUCGUAGUUAGACAAACCUUCUUUUCCAUGUCACCUAUUCCUUGCUGACUUCCUGCUUAAUUGUAGGGCUUUUGUGUGUGGGGUUUUUAAUUAUUAUUUUGGUAUGAAGGGUGUUCUCUGCUUUUGCCUCUUAGAUGAUAAGCUUUCUUCCCGUCUUUAGACAUGUUUCUAGCUUUACCUAUCUGUGCAUAGCUCUCAUGGACUCAGGUUCUAAUGGGGAGUAAGUAAUAAAGAACAGCGCCUUCUGGGGCAAGAGAAAGACGUCAUGGAUUUUUCUGUAAUUCAGGAGCAUUAAAAGCUUGGUGGUAUGCUCAGACUACCUUGCAUUUUUUCCCACUGUGGUACCUGUAAUGACUCUUGUUAUCACAGCACAGCCUUGUGCUGCUUCCCAAAUCUUUCCUGUUGCAGAACAGACAACGUGCAGCCUGGCAAACAUUACUUUUCCUUCAGUAUUGGGUAGUACGUGCCUGUGCUAACAGUCUUUCUGUGCACAGGUCUUGUAGGCAUGCUGAGGUGCACGUGCACCAAACUGCAGGGAAGAACUGGGAGUGUAACCAGCCCUUGCCCUGACGGUAGAUGCCAUGAGUACUUGUAUAUGCCAAUGUGGCGCAGACCAGCAAAAGGUGCACUUGGCAUGUGAGGCAUCUGCCCCAGGGGUUGGGGCAGCAGACUUACCUGGAUUCCCACUUGCUCAAGGGGAAACGCAUUACCAAAGUGAGUCUCAUAACAUCUACAUAGUGAUCUUGUGGGCAAUGUAGUCCAUAUGCCAUUCAUCUAAAAAAAUAUAUAUGUAUAUAUCAGACUAAAAGGUAUUUCAAUACUCGAUGCCUUAUAAAGAUUAAGGAAAAGGCAUUUAGAGAAUGCAUUAAAGUGGCAGCAUCUUAACUUCGCUGUAUUUAUUUUUGUUGCAUUUAUUUUGGCCAUAUUGUUGUGACUUUCUAGCAGAAAGAUUUUACCUCAAAACACUGAGAGCAGUAAGCACGCAGUAACCCCACAUCCAAAACCACAAGCAUUACUGAGUGUUCUUCGUGUAAGGUAGGAAUUACAGUAUGAAAAAUGAGUAAUAGAGGCUCACUCUUGUAGCCCUGAAUGUUGUGGAACUACAGAUUAUUUGGCCUGCUUUGUAUUUAACAAGUUCUGAUCAAGUGGGCAGUGAGGCACUCAAGUUACCGAAGUGGUUCCACAAAGUACCUCUCAGACAGAAGAAUCCACCACCUUGGUGCAUAUUGUGCAAAUGUGAUAGUUGCUUGAGGAAUUUGAAUUUCUGUUUCAUUGAAGCUGCUAACUUAUGUUAAGUAGUUAAAAACAAUGUUAAUUUAGAAAGCGUCAAGCAGUGCUGGAAAAAAAUACAAUUCUAACUAAGAAUCAAAGGGCUCACGUCCAGAAUUAGAAUUUAAUCAGUCGCUUCAAGAUUUCACUGAAGUGUUUUGAGGUCAUGGUGUGGAGUAGCUGAAUCUAGCUAGGCUGUACUAUGUAUGCAUGAGGAAGUGAAGAUUCAGUGAAGGCCGGUACACUUCUGUUCCUUAUUUAAAAAUAAAUAGCUUUUUUUUUUGUACUGUCUGUGAAAAUACCAGUGAGAGUUCCUGCAGGAUCAGGAGCUCAGUUUGAUUUAGUCUGGAACUGGUCUUCUGGUUUUUACAGUGCUUUGGUCCCCACAGUCUUUGGUAGUGGCUUUGCAUUCAGAGUUGAUGAUUAAUACAUCGAGGCACUUAUGUUUUCUUUGUGGGGAUUUGUGAUCAAAACAAAUGACAUUUUGUACUGCUGUAAUGAAUGUAAACAAAUGAAUGUAAACAAAGAGGCUCUUAGUCAUCAUGACUCUUGAGCCAUUCAUAAAAUUGUGCUGUGGCUAUGAUUCCUCAAAGCUUUUGUACUGUUCUGGACAGGAAGUUUUUAAUGUAAUUUCAGGGUAGUCUUUUAAAUUCUGUUUGUAUGGUAUAUUUUGGGGGUAUUGUUUGACCCAAUAUGAGACAAGAAUAUCCCUGGAUUUUUCUGUGGAAGAGUUUCAGGUUUAGGUGAGUAAAAUAUUCUCUAACCAGGUUCUUUUACAUAUUCCCCAUAUGGAGGGUGUAACAUUUAAUAUUAAAUUUACUUAUCUGAACACAGAGCAUGUUGCACAGGAUUUCUGAUUGAGCAGAGUGAUACAAAAUAUGCUGAAAUCACAAUUCAAAUGCAAGUUACACUUAGCAAAAUAUGGCAAUUGCAAUAUACAGUUCAAACACAAUAACAGUGUGGUCCCUGCUAGUGGUCUCUACAGUAUGUUCACCACCGUGUAUUGGGUGUUCCCACUCUCCAGGAAGGAACAUGUGAGUUGAAGCCUGUUCCUCUCUUAGAAGUUCUUUUGUCAGUUUUAGUUUUUCUACGAUGUGUUGGGCUCAGCCGUGUACUUACUCCCCACAUGCUCGUUGAGGUAACUCAGGAAGACAUUAACUUUUUUAAUGAACUCAGGGAGCAACAUUUACACCACUGGUUGAUUCACUCAACUGUAAUAUAGUCAGGCGAACUGCUCGACUGACACAGCUGUUUAUCUAAAACAAAGGCCACCCUCUGGUCCCCUUUGUGCUGAGAUGAAGUCAGGUUCUUUGCACCAGCCGUGGUCAGUCACACCCUGCAUUGUUCGGAGCUUCACGGGCAUGUGGCUCUUGCUCAUCUUCACCCAGCUGCCCUCCUUUUUGGGGGUUUAUAGGUCAGUUGCUGGAGUGGAAUGAUCAUCAAAUACAGCCUUGGGUGAAUUGCAGAAAAACUCAGACGCAUUGAAGACAGCAGAUCCUGGAAUGGUUAUUCAGUUGCCUUGGAGAUGAUCCUGCUGCUGUAAAUGCAGGGCUGAAGAUUAAUGGUGUGGGCAGUAUGGACCUAAUGAACGGACAGUCAAGCAGUGUUAAUAUUGCGGCUACUGCCUCAGAGAAGAGUAGCAGCUCCGAAUCCUUGAGUGACAAAGGUUCAGCUGAACUGAAGAAGAGCUUUGAUGCCGUGGUAUUUGAUGUUCUAAAGGUUACACCAGAAGAAUAUGCGGGUCAGAUAACACUAAUGGAUGUCCCUGUAUUUAAAGCAAUUCAGCCAGAGGAGCUGGCGAGCUGUGGCUGGAAUAAAAAAGAGAAAUACAGUUCUGCACCAAAUGCUGUCGCUUUCACCAGAAGAUUCAAUCACGUAAGCUUCUGGGUGGUUAGAGAGAUUCUACAUGCACAGACUUUAAAAAUCAGAGCUGAGGUUUUGAGCCACUACAUUAAAACUGCGAAGAAACUGUAUGAGCUGAACAAUCUGCAUGCUCUUAUGGCAGUUGUGUCAGGCCUACAGAGCGCUCCGAUCUUCAGGCUGACUAAAACGUGGGCGUUACUGAGUCGGAAGGAUAAAGCCACCUUUGAAAAGCUGGAGUAUGUUAUGAGUAAAGAAGAUAAUUACAAAAGGCUUAGAGACUAUAUCAGCAGCUUGAAGAUGACUCCUUGUAUUCCCUAUUUAGGUAUUUAUCUGUCAGACUUGACUUAUAUUGACUCUGCGUACCCGUCAACAGGGAGCAUUCUGGAAAGUGAGCAAAGAACAAAUUUAAUGAACAAUAUCCUUCGAAUUAUCUCAGAUUUACAGCAGUCAUGUGAAUAUGAUAUUCCUCUGUUGCCUCAUGUCCAAAAAUAUCUAAACUCGGUCCAGUACAUAGAAGAACUGCAGAAGUUUGUAGAAGAUGACAAUUACAAACUUUCAUUAAAGAUAGAACCAGGGACCAGCACCCCACACUCUGCUGCUUCCAGAGAAGAUUUAGUAGGUUCUGAAGUCGGAGCGUCUCCGCAAAGUGGACGGAAAAGCGUUGCAGCUGAAGGAGCUUUGCUACCAGCAACCCCCCCUUCACCGAGGAACCUGAUACCGCACGGACACAGGAAAUGUCACAGUCUGGGAUACAAUUUCAUACACAAAAUGAAUACAGCUGAAUUUAAAAGUGCAACAUUCCCCAACGCAGGACCAAGGCACCUCCUGGAUGACAGCGUCAUGGAGCCCCAUGUCCCAUCACGAGGGCAGGCAGAAAGCUCCACACUUUCUAGUGGAAUUUCAAUAGGUAGCAGUGAUGGGUCUGAACUCAGUGAAGAGACUUCCUGGCCAGCCUUUGAAAGGCACAGGUUGUACCAUUCUCUCGGUCCGGGGACAAGAGUGUCACGAAAUGGCUAUCGAGGCCACAUGAAGGCCAGCAGCUCCCUAGAAUCUGAAGAUCUGGCUGUUCACUUGUACCCAGGAGCAGUUACUAUUCAAGGUGUGCUCAGGAGGAAGACUUUGUUGAAAGAAGGCAAAAAACCUACAGUAGCAUCUUGGACAAAAUACUGGGUAGCACUGUGUGGAACCCAACUCUUUUACUAUGCUGCGAAAUCUCUGAAGGCUACGGAGAGAAAACACUUCAAAUCCACGCCGAGUAAGAAUGUGUCAGUGGUGGGCUGGAUGGUGAUGAUGGCGGAUGACCCUGAGCAUCCAGAUCUCUUCCUGUUGACUGAUUCUGAGAAGGGCAAUUCAUAUAAAUUUCAAGCUGGAAACAGAAUGAAUGCGAUGCUCUGGUUUAAACACCUGAGCGCUGCCUGCCAAAGCAACAGACAACAGGUUCCUGCCAACUUGAUGACCUUUGAAUAACAGGCUAAUUCAGAACAAAAAUAAAGAACAGUUUGAACCAUCUCAUAAUUGAGAACGAGGUCCUGAUGAAAAAUGUGCCAGCUGUUUUCUGUGCCAGAACAGAGCCUGUCAGCUUGAUCUCUGGACUCUGGAGCCCUGAACAAAACCACUAAUAGUUGGGGAGUAGAGUCCCCCAAAUUAAAAAUGGAGUUGCAACAUGAAUUGCCAUGGACCAUGCUUCGUUAUGUUCUCUGAACUGACCUGUGGAAACCACUGCCUUAAAGAGUGAAAGGAAAAACAACAUGAAACACCAAAUAGUGUGUGUGAUACUUCUGGCGGUGCUGUGCUUGAGUUAAAUAGAUUGUAGCUAGUUUGAGUUUCUUUUAACUUUAUACUAAUUUUGAAAAUAACUCACCUUUUUAGGCAUUCUUAAGGAAACAAGUAAACUGGUAUUUAAGAGUUGCAUCAAAAGCUAUGUAUGAACCAGGUAAGAGGUACUAUGUGUUCUAGAGAUGUUGUUUAGACUAUACCAGGAGUUCUCGAUGGGAGCUUGUCCCAGGCACACUUACCCUGGGACAAUGUUAUUUCUCUCAGACCUACAAGUAUAAGAAACUUAACAACUGCAAGUUUAAAAUAGCAGUAAGCUUGCAAACCUGAGUACUGUAUGGGAGCCGUGUUCCCUACAAGUGGCACAAAGCCUGAGCACUUACACACCAAAAUAUUUUUUGGUACGUUGUUACCUAAUUCCUGGUUAAAAAUGUAGUUCACAUGUUUUGGGUGGUUGGGGAGGAGGGGUGUGUGGAAGAGACAAAACUGAAAGCACUCUUGGGUCAGAACUGAGUGUUUUCUUCCCAUUUGUUUCUACAGCUGUCUUGUCUCCUACAUACAAAGGUUGAAUGACAAAAAGAACAAAAAAAGCCCACCCAAACCAAACAAAACACACCCGGGUAUAGUUCACUGAGACAUUUUACUUCUCUGGGUAUCUGUUAAUUCUCAGUUAGGGACCACUGUCAGUGAAUGGUGUUUCUUAAUAUCACUUAGAAGUUCUACAUUAAAAAAAGAUAGAGGCACAAUUUCACGCUUUCAUGCUCUCAUUUGGCAAUAACUGAUUUUAAUAGCUGUCUUGGUCAAAAUAAUUGACAUUGUGUGGUAUUGAUAACAUGGCCUAAAGCAGACCUUACAUACAGAAGCUCUUUUGAUCUUCAGGCAAACGAUUAAUUUAUUAGAAGGUAGGAUAACCUAAGGAGUAAAAAGGUGUGGGACUAUCAAAAUUCCAUCCUCGAUAAGAAUAGUUCUUGGUCACUGAAAUUACUCACAGAGUAAAACAUGGUUGUAAAAAGGGAGCCAUGCUUUAUAUGUGUGUUUUGCUUAAGACUUUGAUUCUUGCUUUAUUUGGGUUUCCUUGAUCUCACCUAGAUAAAGUUUUCCUGGAUUAUUAGUUUUUAUUUAAUCUUAAAAAAUUUGAUCUUUGUAAAGCAAGGAAACAUUGUCCAAAAUAGGACUCUGAUAUCGGAACUUUGAAGUCUGUGAAAAAGUAAUAACUGUUCCAUUGACAUUGUGGUUUAGUGGCCGUAAAUACGCUUGCAGACUCCACCAUGAAUACUCCUUUUUAAAAAGAAACAAGCUACCUACCAGUCUGUGGCAGAGUUUUCUGACUAUCUAAUAAAGGUUUCUACUAGUAGCGAUUAUUUUGAAAAUGUACAGUUUGUUCAUUGCAUCCAAGUAGAAGCCUAUAAAUUAACUUUUUGGGUUUUUUUCCAGAGUCAAAUUAAUCUCUUAAUGGAAAUGAUUAAUUUCUGAUUUCUGGGGUACAAACGAGAAGGAUAAUCCAAUCUUGCAGUAACAAUCUCAAACAAAACACAAAAACGCCAAUCACUUGGUGAUGUAAAGGGUAAUAGGCUAGUCCUGUGAAUUGGCUCUUAGUAGAAAGAAAACAGUGGCAGGAUGCUUCUGGCAGUUACACCACGAGGUCUGUGGGAAUUUGUGUCUCUUUGCCAUUUUGUUUGUUGUUGUUUUGAUGGGGAAUGAGUUGUGUGUUCUGAUCCUGAACUCCUGUAUUUUAGGAAGGGGUUCCUUGUGCUGAACCCCUCUGCAGUUCACCCAUCUCUCCAGUUUUUGCCCAUGUUGGGUUUAAGACAACACCCCCCCAUAGCCAGCAGUGUUACUGGAGGAGACUUUGCACAACUUUAGUUCUGUUGCGUUUUUUGUUUGUUUGUUUUCAUUUUAAAAAUUACUUGAUGUGUCUUUCUUUUCAACAACCGAAGUGUUGUGUUGUUUUUUUUUUUUUAACCAUGUGUGUACUUUUUUUAAGCAUUGUGGAUAAUAGCCUGUGGAUUUUGAAUUUUUAAAUAAGCUAUUAUAGGUUUAUUGCGGCAUAACUUUGUUGUUCUGUUAGUGAAAGGAAACAUGCAACUGGGAGCCACAGCCUGACAUCGUGCAGCUUUCCUAAAGACAGAGCAGGUCAGAAGGUGUCAUUUAUUAUUGGGUUUUUUGUAUUUUUCCAGAUGUUUUGAGUUAGGUUUUUAUGGUAGGGAGAUGGUGGGGAAAACAGUUCACAAAUCAUCAUUUAGUGAAUUGUUUCUGUUACUAGCUUGCAUUGUUCUUAGGCCCCCUACUCUUCCUUGGUUUUUGACUCUCAGAUAUGCUGGUUUUUGUGGGAGAGAUUGAAUUAUUGUGGGAGGACUUUCUUAAAAUCUAUACCCAGAAUAACUAGAGUAAUGAAUGACAACACAGAAAACAUUACUGGCGCUUGUUACAAUGAGUAGUUCAGUUCUUUCCUAUUGUUUAUCUCCUCUUCAGCCACAUAGUCCUGCAGAGAACAACAUAGAAAUACUGCAAUGUGACAUGCUUUGAGAUAAAUGGUGCUCAGAAAGAGGUAGCGGUUCUGUUCCCAGAGGAAAGCUGCCUCAGCUAAGCUUUGGAAAGACUCACGCAAGUCAGACGCACUGUAAAGAAAUGUAGCAAUGCCCUUUUUUCUUAAAAAAGGCGUUACAAAAUAAAAUAUUUAAAACCAGUGCUGAGGAAACAAGGACAGCAACGAGCUCAUGGUAUUCAGGUAAGACUGUCAUCCAGACUACUUGGCACUUUGUUUUUCAUUGUAACGUAUUGCUCUAGUUCUUUACCUUGUUAAUAACUGCUGAAAUACUCCAGCUAAUAUUUGUCCACUUUAUUUCAUAAUGUUUUGAUUUGGAAACUGAAGAUGCCCCUUACAGUGCCCCUCAGAUUGGGAGGCAUCUGAGCAAAAAGUGUUCAGAGUAGAUCUGUGUAGUGAGACUUGGCAGGUAAACGUUGCUCACCUGCUGACUGCCAAGCUGACAGUCUUGGGAAAGAUUGACCAACAGGGAAUGACAGGUUUAUGAAAUUGGUGCAAGACAUUAGCAAUACGUCAAUUGCACUGCUAACUUCUGUCUUUCUAACCUAAUCCGUACUAGUUUUGGCUAGGUUUUUCCAGCCUGACGUCUAUUCCAGUGUUCUUAGAAAGCAAAUAAGGAAAUUUAUUUUUGAAAAGCCCUGAUAAUUUGAGUAAACGUAACUCAUCCCAGACAUAUAUUUCAUUCUGCAGACGUUUCAUGCCAGAAGAGUAUUACUUAGGCUAUUAUGAUUCAUUAAGUAUUUAGGUGCAAGUUACAGGCACUGUAACUACGAAUACUAAAUGAAUGCAUAUAAAUAAUUAACAGAUAAGCUUUAGCACCCAGCUUUAAAAUUGUGUUACUGUUAGCUCUUUUAAACUACUAUGAAAAUCAUAUCCUACUUAAGAAAGAGCCGAAAAGGAAAAUGCUGUAAUGGCAGACGUUAUUUGUCAACUCUGCAGCUGGCGUAGGAAGCAGCUUCCUAGUUACGCAGAUGUUUUAGCCUCCUGCUUGAGGAAUCAACGUCUCUUUUGGGGAAUCAGCUGAUUAACUUUCCUCCUCGAAACGCAACUGCAGAGCACUUGAGCUUUUACCAAGAAAAGUGUUUAUAGAAAUACACGUAUUUGAAAACAUACUGUGAGCAAAAAAAAAAGCAUAAAAAAACCACAGUAGGGUUUUAUUGCUUAUCUUUUCCUUACUAGAAGUAAAUUCCUCUCAUCAGAUUUGUCUUGCAACAUCAGCCUCCUCUAUUUGCAUUUACACAUUUUCAAUAAUAGUCCUUUUCUAUUAGUAUCAGACAUAACAAAUGGUAAAAGGAAAUGCUUUUCCCUUCCAGCAGGAGUAAUUGCAGUUUUUUGUGCUGCGAAGGCACUCGAGGGGGUGAGAUCCCUUUUGAUUGAAGGCAAAUUGACGUUGUGGUUUUGGUUUACUGUAGCAAAUCUUGUCCAAAUCAAGGUAAAUCAGAGGAUGCUGCUGCUUCUGGCUCUCGGUGGCAUUUUUGUUCAUUUUUUUAAUCCUUUUUUUGAUACCAGCAUUAGUAGCUCCAAUCUUUCCAUGGCCAGCUAUAGCAUGCUGCCUGUUGGAAGCAUCUAAGGCACCAGGGCUGCUACUAAUUCACAUCAGUUAAUUGCUCGUUAUCUCAACAAGGACAAGUUUUUAAAGUUUUGUUCUUAUUUAAGUAUUACCUUGAUAUUUUUCUCUAAAAGUGGGUUGUGCAUUAGGUGAUUUGGCUUGGGAACGUCAUUAAAAGAAUCUAUGUGAGCAGACAUGGAGUUUGUUUGUAGGGCUUAUCCUUUUUUAAAACCACUGUUCCAGUUUUUAACGCAUCAAGAGGGUGAGUGCUUGGAUUUCAGGAGGACUUUUGUCAGUGCCUUAUUAACUUGAAGACCAACUCCUUGAUUUCAGUGCUUGAUGGCAGAUUGCAUAAUGUCGCCUUGAUGCACCAAGGGGUGACAUUCCUUACAGUCAUUACGUUUCUGCAGAAGUCAGUUGUUUUGGUCGAUGUAAAAUAGCUGUGGCUUGAGUUGCUUUAGUAUUUUUUUCUGUAUUUGAAGAGCCUUUUUUUGGGCAAAAUGCGGAGGUAUUUGGUAGCUUGGGCUUGUUCAGCUUUUAUCAGAAGUAGUUCAGACUUCCUCAGAAUUAAUUUAUUUUUAUUUUAGUAUGUCUCUAAGUAGAUUUAGUUGGGGAGGAAAUUGAAAAGAGUAGUCCAAGUCGUGGUCUAGACCACAUGAACUUAAGAGCUCACGUUGUUAGGAAAAAGCUUGUUUUUCUCUCUCUCAUGUUGAUUUAAACAUCUAACAACAUUCUUACGAGAGGUUUUAUUUCUAUCAAGCUUUUUGUUAAUGUAAAAGAAAUACUACAGGGAAAAAAUGUUUGGGGAAAGAGAAGGACUGGUGGAUAAAUCUUAUUCUUUCUUAAUAUCCCAUAAGCUCACUUUUGUACAUUUUAUUUCUAGUGCCAACACUAUGUAGAGAGUGCUGUCCUUCACUGGAACGAUUGCUAGAGAUUGUUUUAGUAGCAAGACUUUAUAACCUUUGGAAGGGGAAAUGAAACAAAAUGUGUUGUUCUUAAGCAAUUAAAUAUUUGUUUUCCUGGAAGACAUCUUUAUGAAAACACAGCAGUUUUACUAUAGUGGCUUAGGAAUUCAGAUGCUGGAAAGGGAAGGAUAAUUUGAAAAUUAAUCUUAUGCUUUCUGAGAAUCUUCAAAAAUGACAGAAGGGUUAGGACAAAGGAGAAAAGUCAGAUUACUCAGUUUAGCCGUGCCUGUUGCAGAACAGAGCUGACGAGUGUUCUUGAAGGUUACGUUGCAAAGACAAAAGGUGUAUGGAAUGUAAUGCCGUGCAAGGGCCUGCAGAUCACGGCGUGGUUAUGGCUGUUAGUCCAGUCUUGCUCUUGAAUGACUGAAGUGUUGUAAAUAUUCUGUUUCCGUUGUGUGUUUGAUUAGCCUAUUAUUUCUCCUUAUUUGGGUACGUUCUGGCCUUCAUAUGUGUUUCCUGAAGGUAUUUCUUACCAUUCCAAAGCUGUUCACAGAUAAAGCUGAAAAGCAGUGUAUAAAUUAACUACAUGUUGAAAUAAAGAGUUCUAGGGUGCCUUGUUUACAGGCACUUCUAGAUCCUUGUGUACAGGAGCAUAUCCAUUCAAAUACUGCUGUACUGAUGUGUGAAAACCACCAGGAAAUCAUAUAUAUGUUUUAUAAUAAUCCUGCAAGGACCAACCGUCAUCACUGGAAGGGGGAUCAAGGUUGUCAUGCAGCAAACACAAGCCAUUUUUAAUAUUCCCCGCUGGCGUGAGGUGUUCUGGAGCAGAGGGAUUGCACUAUGAUCUCACUGAGUGAUGUGCAGUUUGGCUGUCCUCCGGCCUUUUUCUUCAGCUUUUUUAAUACUUCAUUCUCUGUGUGCGUGUGAAAAAUGUGUGUUUGCAUAAGCUAGUUUAAAUGAAUUUAAGUACAGGUUUCAAAAAUCUUUCCUACUGAAAUAAAUGAUUUAAAAGAUG